AUGACUUUUCCAGAGCCAAGAGAACACAAAGUGGUGCACGAAGCCAACGGCGUAAGGGCUAUCAAAACCCCUCAAUCAUUUUAUGACAAGCAACCUGUUAAGUCAUUGGAGGCAUUGGAACAUUAUCAAGAGCUGUACCAGAAGUCCAUCGAGGACCCAGAGGAAUUCUUCGGCCAAAUGGCAAAGCAGUUUCUAGAUUGGGACAAAGACUUUGGUAAGGUCUCCUCUGGAUCUUUGAAAGAAGGUGAUGCUGCGUGGUUCCUUGGUGGAGAGCUGAAUGCUUCGUACAACUGUGUUGACCGACAUGCUUUUUCGCACCCUGAUCGUCCCGCCGUAAUUUUCGAAGCGGACGAGGAAUCUGAAUCUCGAACAAUAACUUAUGCAGAACUUCUACGUGAGGUCUCUCGUGUUGCAGGAGUACUGCAGAGCUGGGGUGUACGCAAAGGUGACACUGUCGCAAUCUACUUGCCCAUGACUACCGAGGCCAUUGUGGCCAUGCUGGCAGUGGCACGUCUGGGUGCAGUGCACUCCGUUAUCUUUUCUGGAUUUUCGUCAGGAUCUAUCCGGGACAGAGUUAACGAUGCUGGAUCUAAGGCAAUUAUUACCUGUGAUGAGGGACGCCGUGGGGGUCGUAUUGUGAACAAUAAGAAAAUUGUCGAUGCCGCUGUUGACAGCUGCCCCACAGUGGAAAAAAUCCUGGUUUAUAAGAGGACUGGUAACCCAGAAAUCAAGAUGGUAGAAGGAAGAGACUUCUGGUGGCAGGAAGAGGUUGAGAAAUUCCCUGGUUACAUUGCCCCUGUCCCUGUAAACUCGGAGGACCCACUAUUUCUUUUGUAUACUUCGGGAUCUACUGGUUCUCCCAAAGGUGUGGUACACUCCACAGGUGGUUAUUUGCUGGGAGCAGCAUUGACAACUCGUUAUGUGUUUGAUGUCCAGGAUGAGGAUAUUAUAUUUACUGCUGGUGACGUCGGAUGGAUUACUGGUCACACAUACUCGUUGUAUGGACCACUUGUUCUGGGUGUUCCAACCAUUGUUUUUGAGGGAACUCCUGUCUACCCUGACUACGGAAGAUUGUGGAAGAUUUGCGCCAAACAUAAAGCCACACACUUUUACAUCGCUCCUACUGCUCUUCGUCUUUUGAAAAAGGCUGGUGAAGAAGAAAUUAAAAAGUACGACUUGUCUAGACUUCGUACUUUAGGAUCUGUUGGUGAACCAAUUGCCCCCGAAUUGUGGGAGUGGUACAAUGAGAAAAUCGGAAACGGAAACUGUCAUAUUGCUGAUACUUACUGGCAGACUGAAUCUGGUUCUCAUUUGAUUGCUCCAUUAGCAGGUGCCGUUCCCCAAAAGCCGGGUGCAGCUACUGUUCCUUUCUUUGGUAUUGAUGCUUGUAUCAUUGACCCUGUUUCUGGUAAGGAACUUGAAGGCAACGAUGUGGAAGGUGUUUUAGCUGUCAAGUCCACUUGGCCAUCAAUGGCUCGUACAGUCUGGAGAAACCACGCUAAAUACCUCGACACAUAUAUGCGUCCUUAUCCAGGCUACUACUUUACUGGCGAUGGUGCCGGUAGAGAUCACGAUGGUUAUUACUGGAUCCGUGGUCGUGUUGACGAUGUUGUCAAUGUAUCUGGCCACCGUUUAUCCACUUCUGAAAUUGAAAGUGCUUUACUGGAAAAUGGCAAAGUUGCUGAAGCUGCUGUGAUUGGUAUUUCCGAUGAGCUAACUGGUCAAGCUGUUAUUGCUUUUGUCGCCUUGAAAGAUGCCACUGACUCUGAGAAUUUAGACGCUCUCAGACGUGCCUUAGUCUUGCAUGUUCGUGGAGAAAUUGGUCCAUUUGCAGCUCCUAAGUCCGUGAUUGUGGUUGAUGACUUGCCUAAGACCCGAUCAGGUAAGAUCAUGCGUAGAGUUUUAAGAAAGAUUUCUUGCCAUGAAGCUGAUCAAUUGGGUGAUAUGUCUACUUUGGCCAAUCCUGAAUCGGUAGACUCUAUAAUCGGAGCUGUUGAUAACCAGUUCUUCAAGAAGUAG